AAUUUGUGGGAAUACAAAACUCAGCAGCAACAGCAUAAGAUCCCCUUUGCCUUUGCCUUUGUCCCUCCUCACUCACCUCUGCAAAGUGCAAACACACACACACACACACACAAAUGAAGCAUCUGCAUCUCUCUCAACUACCAAUCAUCAUCUCUCUCUUUCUUCUUCUUCUUCUUCUCUUCAUCGUUUCUGCACAUCAGUCAGAAUCAGCCCACACUCCUGAUCAAAUCACUCUGCAAGAUGAUGAUUUGUCCAGUGUAAGAUCAUUUGAAAAGUUGAUGGGAUUGGAGGAAUGUGGAGAUAAAGAUGAGGGCUGUUGGAAGAGAAGAAUGGUUGCUGAAGCUCACUUGGACUACAUCUACACACAGCACCAUCAACCAUAGACUCAUCACUUGUAUUUUAUAUGCUACUUUGUCAUGGAAUUACCUAUUUCUUUCCAAAUUUCAAGUACUAAAUUGGUGAAAAUUAAUUAUUAGUGUCCAGAGAUCAGAGUGUAUGUGCGUGUGUGUGUACAUAUGUGUGUAUUGGUGGAUGUCUGAAUUAAGACUAUUAAUUUAGGUGGUUUUUGUAAAAGAGAUUACUCAGAAACAGAGUUGGUUUUGCUUGCUGGGGUUUGUUUUUUUUUUUUUUUUUUAUGUCUUCCGGGAAGAUGGUGUGAGCUGUAAAGCGGGUUUCGCUUGAUGAAUAAAUGAAAUAGGUCCUGGCUCUUCA